CUCAAAGUAUUCCGUCUCGAUCUUUCUUGAGGAAAACCAAAUACAGUCUGUGUGCCUUGCACAUUGGGGUUUACGUUCAUGUGGUUGCUUUUACUCUUUACAAUUUUGAUAAAGAGAAAACAAUAUAUGGAAAAUAAUAGUUUUCAAGAGCUAAGUGAGCUGUGAUUUUCUUUGCUAACGAAAUAUAAGUCACUUUUGCAAUUUUGGACCCUUAGAAGAGUUUUCCCAUGAGGUAUCUCGAUCCGCGUUGACAAUCGUGUGUCGACAGCCUCCACAAAGUUCAUCGCAUAUAUAUCAUUUUUCACUUCCCGUGCUUUGUCUUUUGAGUGUGAAAGGAAAUCACCGGCUGGUAUCAAAACAUUGCGUUAUCACUAAAUUUUCUGUGGAAUACUAUAGCUGUUCAGUUGAACUGUGUGGAGCGGAAACUCUAUGGCUGCCUCGAGUAAGCUGCGACGUGAGAAAAUAUAUUCAGAGGCUACACUACUUGGCCAAAAGAAUAUGACUCAUCUGGAACAGCAUUUGAAAACCAAAAGGUGCCGUGCAGCCAGCACAAGGCGAAGAAAAGUUCGGAGAGAAUUUAAACUGAGAUAUCCUGAGAAAGGAUGGGAAAGAAAAAGGACAUCCAAACCAAAUAAAGACAUUACUACUUGCGUGAAGAAUAAUCGAGACUCGAGGUAUACUUACCAACAGAACAUGAUCACAAAAAAGGUUCCCGGCCAGAGGUUUGUAUAUAAGCUGAAUAAACACCCAGGCAACACUGAGUCAGAAAUGAGCAGUUCUUACCAGUCUAUAUUACCACCACCUGACAGCCACGCUGGUUUCUCGCACUGUCCACGCUGUUUAUGUCCAAGAUUUCUGUCUGCAACAACGUUGGGUGGAGGACACGGAGGUAUAUUGGUUAAUGCAAGCCCAUCACAGAAGGCAGCAGAUUUGCCCCUUUAUUCCCCGAUGUUUCCUUCGGCGACGUCGAUCCCUGUAUCCGUAAUUCAGAGGAUCAGUUUCUAAUGAAACAAAUUCAUUCUUACAAAGACUAACGAGGGACUACUGAGUCAUGAACUGAUAUUGUAACCAGCAGGACGAGACUUCAUAAUAAACGGUCCGAGCGACUAUAGAAAUAUA